CCAUCUCUCGCGAUGAUUGCUCCUGCAACUAUUGCGUCUCCCACUAUCGAGGUCAGAAUACCUGCCUUCUCCGAAUUCACCCAACAAACCAACAGACGAGCCCUGAUUGCCCACUUCACCAACGUGCUGUCGCAUCUCAUUGUGCUGCGCGAGGACGAGGGCAACCCCUUUCAGCGGCUCGUUUUGCCAAUGUCCCAGCAAAGCCCAGCGGUCUCGAAUGCCAUAUUCGCCUUGGCCUGUGCCCAUCUAGAACAUCGAGGUGUCCACAACAGCGAGAAGAGUGUCUACUUUCACAACCAAGCGAUCCAUGGGUUGGCUGCUCUGCUAGCAAAGGGAUGCGGUGCGAAUAGGAACGAAGUACUGGCCGCCAUCAUCCUCUUGAUCUACUACGAAGUGCUAGUUCAGAGUGGACGUUCGAAUAUCGUCGACGGCCACUUGAAGGGGGCCAUGGCAGUCAUGUGUAGCAGCCAGGCGCUGACUGACCCAACGGCAGUCUUCUUAGAGAGGGCAUUCCGAUUCUACGACGUUAUUGCAGCAUUGUCGUUCGACUCUACGCCGCUCCUACCUGCGCCCGAAAGCGGGAAUUUGGCCAUGUUCCCUCCCGUCAACUGCCGCGGCGCUACCGUCCCUGAUGGGAAUGUCGAUACGCUACUUGGAAUGGCCACAUCCUUGUGGCCCAUCAUCUACCGACUGUCAACCCUGGGCGGCCUGAAAAGGAAACUUGCUUUGGCUGAACUGCAGGGUGAUGAGGCAGAGACGGCGAUGCUGCGAGCGGACUUUGAGAUGACAGCUUCCUCAGUAGAGCUUGCCUUGGAAGAGUGGACGCUUCCCGCAGACGAAUCCUUGCCCAAGGAUACGGAGAAUCCCAUCUUGGCUGGGGUUUCAGCGCAGAGGCAAAUGCAGAGCAUUCUCAACAGCGCCAUGGCCUAUCGCCACUCUGGCUUUGUCUACCUUUACCGCAACAUUUACGGCUACGAUCGGCGCCAUGCUGUGGUGCAGCACCAUGCACACAUCAGCCUCACUCACUGUGUUGGGACGGUCAAGAAUAAAGGCCCCAUGGGGGCUUUGCUGUGGCCGCUAUUUGUAGCGUCAUGCGAAGCGAAUGACGAAGCCGAUCGGGAACUUUCCAGGCAGGCGUUCGCUGCGGUAUGUGAACGACAGGGAAUGACGAACAUUGAGCGAGCAAGGUGCAUCAUCGAAGAGGUCUGGAGACGAGCAGACUGUGGCGAAGAUGAGAAUGAUUUGAUGAUGCAUUUAGGCGAGCAGAGGAACGAUUUGUGGCGGAGAGUCAGCCAAGAUAUGGGUGUUACCGUUGUCUUUGGGUAG